ACCUCCACUGAUGUUGGCACGGUUCAGAAGCCUCUCCUGGACUUUAUCACAUUUCUCCUCAUCACCUUCAUCCGUCCUUCCACCUGUCCUUUCAUUUACUCAGAGCUGUCGCUUCUUAACCAGCGGACCAGCCUCAGUUCUGCCUCCAUCCACCCGCUGCCUGUCUCAUUCUGCUCACUGCACAGGCCCGAUGGAGUUAAGGGAGGUUCUGCAGGUGCUGGAGGAGCUCGCUCCGCUGUCGCUGGCCGAGUCAUGGGAUAACGUCGGCUUGCUGGUUGAGCCGAGCAACCCUCGAGCGAUUAAAACCAUACUGCUCACCAACGACCUUACGAACGCUGUCAUGGAGGAGGCAGAGGCUGUACGCUGUGACCUCAUUGUUUCGUAUCACCCGCCGUUGUUCAGGCCGAUCAAGAGGCUGGUUCAGAAAGACUGGAAGCAGCGGUUGGCCAUCAGGGCCGUGGAGGCUGGGAUCGCAGUCUUCUCUCCUCACACUUCCUGGGACAGCGUUAAAGGAGGGGUGAACGACUGGCUGGUUGGGGGUCUCGGUAGCGGGCAGGUGUCUGUGCUGAGUCAGGCCCUCGGCUCCUACCACAGUCACAAACUGGAGUUCGUGGUCCUGAACACAGAGGAACUUAAAGCUGUCGAAGACGAGCUGAAGGCUUGCGAUGAUGGAGCAACUUUACAUAUUUCAGGCAGCAGUCCAGAAAGCAGCGGCAUUCAUGUCAGCGUAACCUGCAGCGACUCAGCACUGACCCCCAGUGUCCAGACUCUCUCACGACACAGCRCUCCCAGCCGGUCGCUCAGCAUCCUGAAGUUAGAGAAGCCACUUCUCCUGGGCCACGGCCAGGGCCGACUCAGUGUCUUGGACCAUCCUGUAAAUUUGUCGACCGCUGUGCAGAAAAUGAAGUCUCACUUGGGUUUAAACCAUCUCCGGUUGGCUCUGGGCGCAGGGAAGACUCUUGAGUCUUCUGUGAGCUCUGUGGCGGUCUGUGCCGGAUCCGGAGCGUCAGUGCUGAGUGGUGUUGAAGCAGACCUCUACAUCACCGGUGAAAUGUCCCACCACGAGGUGCUGGAUGCGGCAGAGAAGGGAACCAGCGUCAUCCUCAGCGACCACAGCAACAGCGAGCGAGGCUUCCUGCCCGUGUUCAGAGAGAGGCUCGCYGUCCAGCUUCACGACGAGGUCACUGUGCUGGUGUCCGAGGCGGACAGAGACCCUCUGGAGGUUGUCUGACGCACUUGGAUUUCACAGUUGCGCUUGACUUUUGAUCCUCAUGGAYGUGCGUGAUCUAAUCUAGUGAUUGUAAAACCACGCUGUGAUGAAAAGUGCUCUCUAGGCAGGUAUUUGCAUUUGUGUUGGGCAGAAGCUUAAUAAAAAAAAAAUAGAUCCUGGUUGAUUAAAAAUACAGUGUAUGCAGGUUAACACAAAAAGACUUCAGCUUGCAAGUGAGAGGAGACGAAAUCGGAGAUAAUCUGUAAUUUAAAACACAGGGCAUUUAUUUAGAGUCCACACAGCCUGUUUUAAUCCCAGCAAUCACUGAGCUCAACCUUUUUGUGUGGGCUGACAAAUAUCCCUUUAAGACAAAGUAUUUACAUGGAGCCCAGGGUGAAAAGUAAUCUUGAUCAGAUUAAAAAGCUUGUUUCAUUAUGAAGCAGGAAGUCUCCAUUUUUUUUUUUUUGAAGUUUUGAAGCUAAAUCUCCAGAGUUAACUACGAGGAUUUAAAGCCAAGUGACGAGCAAUAUACUGUAACACGUCUCAUAAAUUCCUGUAAAAUGACCUUUAGCCCUCCGUGAGUAAACGCAGGUGGACAUCAAACCAUUCCACA